AUGCCGUCCUUGGUUUCAGAGUAUGCAGCAGGCACGCUGUUUGGAGCCGCGCUUUUCGCGGCUGGAGUCUUUGCGCCUAGCACGAUUGUCGCGCAGAUGAAGCUCGAGGAUCUUACUAUGGUCAAGGCAAUGCUUGGUGCAAGUGCUACAAGUGCGGUUCUCCAACAGNNACUUGUCGUACAUCUGGCAGAUUCCACAGGACUCGCAGCAAUGAAACCUCGCACACCUCAAUCUAUCGGCUUCUUCUCUUACGACGGCAACAUCAUUGGAGGUGCCAUGAUCGGCGUCGGCAUGGCAUUGACCGGCGCUUGCCCCGGCACCGUCUUCGUUCAAGCAGGUGCAGGCCUUCCCAGCGGCGCCUAUGUUCUCGGUGGUGGUAUCCUCGGCGGUCUGCUCUUUGUCUCUACCCAACCCAGCAUUGCUAGGUUCCGCGCAGGCAGAGGAAGCAGCAAGGCAAACUCCGAGUUGACCAUUCCCAAAAGCCUCGGCAUCAGCCCCUGGAUCGUUCUUGCCAUGUGGGAGAUUAUGUGCUUCGGCAUGCUGCAACUGCUUUCUGGACUCAAAGGCCCUACCACUGGAACACAAGGUCUUGUGUCACCUGUCCUUGGAGGCNNUCUCCUCAUCGGCACUGCACAAGCUUGUGCCAUCGCACUCACACGCCAUACCGUUGGCACGUCUGGUGCAUUCGAAGAUGUCGGUCGUUGGCUGCGCAACGUGAUUUCUGGUGACGCAUCUAAGGGCCCCGUCACUGCAUCCGUCAUGUUCGACGCUGGCAUCGUGUCUGCAAGCGCAUUGCUCGCCCGCUUCUUGCUGCCCGCUGCCUUAGCACAAGCAUCAUCGCAUCUGAUAUCGCCCUCUGUCGCUGUUGUUGGCGGUGCAGUGAUGGCUUUCGGAUCGAGACUGGCUGGUGGAUGUACAAGUGGGCAUGGCAUAAGCGGUCUUGCUACAUUCUCAUGGGCCAGUCUGAUCUCGGUGGGUAGCAUGUUUGCUGCUGGCGUCUUGACUGCCGCGCUGAGAUGA